AUGGCCGCCUUCAUUGAGGGUUUGGCCAAAAGGUUUGUCACUGAUGGCUUGAAAGGGGUGGCAGAGAAGCUUGAACACCAAUCUGCCCCUGAUGUCAAACUCAACUCUGUUGCACCGCUCCCCUUGGAUGACGAAACUGCACACAAUUUAUGUCCCGAUAAAAGCAUGGAGGGAGCCCUUAAAUCGCAAGUGAAUCAUGCUUGUGUUCCUAGUGCUCCCCCAUUGUCAGUCAACUCUUCUUUGGAGAUUAAUGAAUAUGUUGUGGAGCAAAGUCCAAGUCUUGGUGCACAUGAAACAAUUCACACAUCGAGUUUGACUGCGUCCCUAAACACUUCCGUUACAAAAGAAACCGAAAUAAGUGAAUGUUCAGGCAGCAGUACAGUUCUCAAUACUAAUGAAAUUUCUCAGUCACCCAAAUAUCCUGUCAGAUAUAUUCAUCCCAUUGGAGGUAUAGUUCAGCUAGUUGCAACUGUAACAACUAGUUUGACAAACUUGAAAAAGGAAGUAGUUAAAGCAAUUGAGGGAGAGCUAGGCACAUGGGGUGCUGCAAUUUCUUAUGAAGCAUGUGUUAGGCUCUGCCUUCAUGCAUGGGCAAACCACUAUUCCACUGAAGUUCAUUGUUUCCUUGAGAAUGAAUGUGCACUGUUGCGUGACGCAUUUGGUUUUCCAGAUAGCCUUGGUGAUGAUUUAAUCAUAGCAGUUCAAGAUUCCAAACGACAGCAUUGUGGUCAUGCCCGAGCUCAAGUGUCUGCUAUUGCUGAUAAGCCUGGUGACAAGUUACGAUGGUGGCCUAUAUAUACCGAUCUAGAGCUUGAACCUGUAGGCAGAAUUCAGUUGUGCAUGGAGUAUUCCACAAAUCCAGAUGACAAUCAUCAUGUUAAGUUUGGCUCCAUUGCAGAAACUGCGGCAUAUGACUAUGUCUUCGUAGCUGCAGUCAAAUUUCAACAUUGUCAGCAAAGAAGCUUCUUGAUAGAUGGCCCUUGGAAUUGGUUACUGACUGAAUUCGCAUCUUACUUUGGAAUAUCCAAGGCAUACACAAAAUUAAGGCACCUUUCCUUCAUUAUGGAUGUGGCAACACCAACCAAUGACUGUCUAACCGUAGUACAUGAUAUGCUAUCUGAUAUACUGAUAAUGAAGGGAAAUAUCACAAAUCAGCUUAGUCCAUUGGAGAAUCAUAUGCUGGUGAAGAUUUUGGAUCAAGUAAACCAGACUCUUGCUUUGGUUUUCGAGAAUUACAAGUCACUUGAAGAAGAUUCGCCUUCAGGGAUGAUGAAUAUUCCUAAACCUGCCAGUGGGUUGGCGGCACCAGCUUUGGGACCUGCAUUCCAGCUAUACUCCCUUCUGCAUGAUUUUUUGUUGAGUCCUGAGGCGCAAAUGAAACUCUGCAGAUAUUUUCGUGUUGCUGCAAAGAAGAGAUUAAGAAUGCACUUUGUGGAGACAGAUAACCUCAUUCUAAGCAGUAAUGAUGGCACACAGAAUGAUUCCGUCACUUCUUAUCAGAGGAUGAAUUCUCUGGUCUCGAGUAUCAGAAAUGAAAUUCUCACUGAUUUAAGAAUCCAGAACCAGAACAUCCUCCCAAGUUUUCUAGACCUUCCAAAUAUUUCUUCAUCCAUAUACAACGUUGAGCUCUGCAGUAGAUUGCAUGCUUUCCUUGUUGCAUGUCCUCCUUCAGGCCUAUCACCUCCAGUUGCAGAACUUAUUAUUGCAACAGCCGAAUUUCAGAGAGAUCUGUCCUUGUGGAACAUCAAUCCUGUAGAUGGUGGAGUUAAUGCUAAAGAAUUGUUUCACUCGCAUAUAGUUUCAUGGAUUGAAAACAAGCAUCAAGCUUUGCUUGACAGGUGCAAACAAGAUAAGGAAAACUGGUCUGAGAAAGAAACACAGAAUGAGACAACUCCGUUUAUUCAUGCCACUUACAACCAGCUGAUGGACACGCUCCAUGAAUAUGAGAUCAUCAGUUCUCACUUGCCGAUGUAUACAUCUGCUUUGGAGAUUGCUAUUGCAGAUGUUGAGAAUGCAGUUGCUAAAACUUUGGAAAGACGCUAUUCUAAUGUUUUAUCACCACUGAAGGACAAUCUGAGAAACAAAGUACUAGGCAACAAGUAUCUCAAAAAGUUAUCCAACCAAACCAUUGAGACUUAUUCUGUCCCAGCUGAGGUAGGAAUAGUUUUCAACUCCAUGAAAUGCAUGAUAGAUGUCAUGUGGCCCAACAUAGAAGCCAAGUUCGAGUCUUGGCUUCCUUGUGUAGCUGAUGAUGGAUACACCAGGGGAGAACAUCUCAAUGAUGCAACUGUACUCCUGAGAACCAAAUACAGGAAUUACCGACGAGCAAUUGUGGAGAAGCUUGCAAAGAAUGCUAGAGUCCAGGCAGCAACAAAGUUGAAGAACAUUAUGCGAGACUCGAAGGAAGUGGAAUCAGAGGUCCGAAUUAGAAUGCAACCUUUAGAGGAUCUUUUGCAAAAGGAAAUAGAUAAUCUCAGUACUGUCGCCAAUCCUACUGUUUGCGUAGAAAUCUGCCACGAAUUUUGGGAUAGGACAGGACAGGAUGUCCUGCGUCUCUUGGAAGAUAGGAGGAGCAGAUCCUGGUACAAAGGCCUCCGUGUUGCAGUUUCUAUCGUGGAUGACAUAUUUGGCUCGGAAAUGCAAAGACUGUGCAGGAACUCAUUGAAAGAAAGAGACAUGGCGCCACCCGAAUCAAUAAAGGAAGUACAUUCCAUUCUUGAUCAGGAUGCUGCAAUAUAA